AUGAGGUUCACCGCUGUUAUCGCCGCCGCCGUUCUGGCGGCCACCGUUUCCGGUGCUGCCGUCGCCAAACCCGAGGCUACCACCGAGGUCGCUGAGGCCACCACCGAUGCCCCCAUCGACAUUUCUGAGGACUUCUACUACUACGACGAAGAUGAGGAGGAGGAUCUUACCAAGCGCGAGGCUGACGCCGACCCCCAAUGGCGCUGGUCCCCCAAGUUCCGCCCUCCGGGUUCCCCCGUUGGCAAACGCGAGGCCGACCCCCAAUGGCGCUGGUCUCCCAAGUUCCGCCCUCCAGGUUCGCCUGUAGGAAAGCGUGAGGCCGACCCCCAGUGGCGCUGGUCUCCCAAGUUCCGCCCCCCAGGCUCUCCCGUGGGAAAGCGUGAGGCUGAUCCUCAGUGGCGCUGGUCUCCCAAGUUCCGUCCUCCAGGUUCUCCUGUAGGCAAGCGCGAGGCUGAGGCCGACGCUGAGGCCGAUCCACAGUGGAGCUGGAGCCCCAAGUUCCGCCCUCCAGGUUCUCCCGUUGGCAAGCGUGAGGCUGAUCCUCAGUGGCGCUGGUCUCCCAAGUUCCGUCCUCCAGGCUCUCCUGUAGGCAAGCGCGAGGCCGAAGCUGAGGCUGAGGCCGAUCCUCAGUGGAACUGGAGCCCCGGAUUCCGUCCUCCGGGUUCCCCCGUUGGCAAGCGCGAGGCUGAGGCCGAGGCUGAGGCUAAGGCCGAUCCCCAGUGGAACUGGAGCCCCGGAUUCCGUCCUUCGGGUUCCCCUGUUGGCAAGUAA